GACACGCGAUAGUUUUGCACAAUCCCAGCAGCAGCGGCGGUUGCAGCAGCAGCGGCGGUUGCAGCAGCAGCAAUGGCCGCGCUCCGCAGAGCGGCAGCCCUCACCGGGAGGCUGCUGCUAUGGCCGCUAUCAGGAGGGGAGCUCCCCCGUGGGCAGACACGGCGCUGUUUGAUGGUCGGCGCGUGCGUGGCUGCGGGGAGCGCGGCGGUUCUUUACUUCCAUCGCAGUGUGUGGAGCAGAAAGAGCCACCGGCUCCCCACCGGCGGCUGGCUGCCGUCCAUCCCGACCGUGGAAGCCAAGGAGCGGGCACAACCUUUGGAUUUUGAGGAGGGAGAUGUGUACAUUUCUUCCCACGAGCAGCGGUUCCGGAUGUUCAGCUCAGUGGAGUAUGAAGGCCAGCUGUACAUGACUCCCCAGAACUUCAUUGAGUCUGUUACUAUGAGUGAACCAAGAAACAGGAGGCCCUGGAGGUCCCUGACCAAACAGGAGCUGGAGAAGAUUCUGGCCGACACUCCUCCGGUGUGGAGAGGAUCCUCCAAACUGUUCCGUAACCUUAGAGAACGAGGCAUCAUCUCGUACACGGAGUACCUGUUCCUGCUGUGCAUCCUAACCAAGCCUCAUGCUGGCUUUAAGAUUGCUUUCAAUAUGUUUGAUGCCGACGGCAACCAGAUGGUGGACAAGAGGGAGUUCUUGGUGCUGCAGGAGAUCUUCAGGAAGAAGAACGAGAAGAGAGGAAGACGAGGAGAUGCGGAGAAGUCAGCCCAGUUGAGUAUGCAGCUGUAUGGAUACCAGGUGGCCCCCAUGAACAGCGUGCUAAAAAAAGACCGUCAGGAGUUUGUGGCACGGAGCUACUGGGACGUUUUGAGGCGCAGUGCCAGUCAAGUCCUCUUUUCUGACCUUUCAGAGCGAUCAGAUGACAGCAUCACCAUUGACACCACACUACUGGUGCACUUCUUUGGGAAGAAAGGAAAAGCUGAGCUCACCUUUGAGGACUUCUACAGGUUCAUGGAUAACCUCCAGACCGAGGUGCUGGAAAUCGAGUUUCUGACCUACUCUAAAGGAAUGACCACCAUCAGUGAGGAAGACUUUGCCAAGAUCCUCCUGCGCUUCACAAACGUGGAGAACAUCAGUUCUUACCUGGAAAACGUUCGCCAGUGUAUCCCGGAUGAGAAGGGAAUCACCUUCGAUGAGUUCCGGUCCUUCUUCCAGUUUCUCAACAACCUUGAAGACUUUGCCAUUGCCAUGCAGAUGUAUAACUUUGCCUCUCGUUCCAUUGGACAAGAUGAGUUUGGAAGAGCGGUGUAUGUGGCCACGGGGCUCAAGCUGACCCGGCACCUGGUCAACACCAUUUUCAAGAUCUUUGACGUGGAUCACGAUGACCAGCUCUCCUACAAGGAGUUCAUCGGGAUCAUGAAGGACAGACUGCACAGGGGCUCCAGGAGCUAUAGAUCGGUGGAGAGAGCCACCUCCUUCAGAUCCUGCCUGAAGAAAGAGCUGGCCAGCAGAUGAGUGUCACUAACAAAUACAGUCACUUCAAUGUAUUCAAUCACAUUUCAGUUUGAUUGUUUUAGCUCUGCUUUUAUACAAAUCAGCUGUUUCAUUAGACACGUUUUUGAAACUCUAAUGCAAAGGCUGCUUAUAUUUUAGGAAUGUUCAGUCAUACGGAGGGAAUCUGUCGGUUUUUUGUAGAAAUGAAUUGUGGCCUUAAAUAACGACACCUUGUUCCAUGAAAACGCGCUUCUCUCCGGUAACGUCUGGUGCUGUCACUCAAAAGCUGGUUGCUUUUCGCAGCCUGCCUGGGGUCUGAAACGAAGAUGUUUGCUAACUAAACCGCAGGUGUGACUGUUGUCGCUUCACCAGGUGAAGAGCUGAAGCCACGCCUCCUCCUGCGGUGUUUGUGCAGAGUCCAGCAGACGUGUGCAGCAGGCCUGGCAGAACCACAGAGAAGGACCAGACAAACAGACUUCAAUCUCAGCCAUCAGCCCUGACUGUGACAGGAGGCAGUGUUAUGCACCCGUCUGCAGCCGAGGUCACCUACAGAAAUCCACGUAAUGCAUGGACGCUGUGACCACGGCUCUCCCAUCGUCUGCAGGAAUCCUCCUUUAGAUGCUGUUUGCUCAGACUAAAGGCCUCAGCCGAUGGACGUCUUCUCUCGUGCUUUAUGUGUAAUUUAAAAAAAAACAUGCAAUAUUAUUAAAUGUUAUGUGAUUCUUCAUUGAGCAAUAACAUUAUAUGAAUGUUUAGAAACUUGUAUUUUGUUGUGCUGAUAGUUCAACCAAUCAAAUGUUGUGUUACUGAGCUGGAAGUGAGCUGCUCCUCUCUAGACUGUAAUACUGACAGACGGCAUGUUUGGAUCACAUCACCUCGUCUAAAGGGCCAAAGCGCUUUCUGACCCGUUCUCCCUACAUCUUCACACACUGAUAUGCUGAUGCUAAAACGGAUUAUAACAGCAUAUAUCCAAUAAUUACUGUAACUGAGAGCAUGACAAGUGUCCAACAGAAGGUGUGUUUUUGUGAUGAAAUAAAGCCUUUCCAGUGUUCAUAAAA